ACUGCUGUUCAGGGCUUCAUUCUCCGUCAGGCGACCGUCCGGUAGUCACCAGCUCUAAACUGUCCGGACUUCUUUUGCAGAAAGAAUCUUUAUUGUUUGCGAGGAAAAAAUAGGCCGGACUUCCGUCUAGUACACUGUGUUGCAGCAGCAAUCGGACUGAAUGCAUUUCUACACGUGUGCGUCAAGCCCUGCCUUUCUGGCUGUAACGAAGGAAUAGAGAGUGCGGCACUUUACACUUAGAUCCAUCUUCCCAGUUUAUAUUUAUUGUUUCUUCCUUAUCGAAUCUUCUUCAAAGAGAAGAUUUGAAUUUCAUUUUCAUUUUUAACUGAAGGUCGGGGAGCGUCAAGAUGCCUGCAGAAGCGACGGGCGAUGGAAGUGCGAAGAUUCCGAUGAUUGGCACGGCCGUUACCAUCUUAGGAGAAGCGCCCAGAAGUUGUUGGCAAGGCUUUGUAAAAUGGAUGCGAAUAAAUAUGCUGCUGAUGCUGACAAUCGUCGGUGUGCUAGUGGGCAUCCUCAUCGGCUUUCUGGCCAGGAUGGGCGAAUACAGCGAGGAUGUGGUGGCACUGGUCUCGUUCCCCGGAGAUAUCCUGAUGCGCAUGUUAAAAAUGCUUAUCCUUCCGCUUAUCAUCUCAUCCAUGAUUUCAGGUCUGGCCCAGUUGGAUCCCAAGUCCAGCGGUAAGAUGGGCGCCCGUGCUCUGGUCUACUACUUCUCGACCACCAUCCUGGCUGCUGUGGUCGGUAUCAUCCUCGUGCUCAUCAUCCAUCCCGGCGACCCAUCCAUCAAGGAAGAAGUGGGCACUGGAACAGAAGAGAAGAAAGUUUCCACUCUCGACGCCUUCCUAGAUCUCAUUAGGAAUAUGUUCCCCGAAAACUUACUUCAAGCGUGCUUCCAACAAGCAGAGACGAGCUACAAGAAAGAGAAGCCCAAAAUCAUAAAAGUCACGAACGAUUCAGAGUUUGGUGGCAUGAUCAACGAGACGCAGUACAUCACCAAGAGAAUUGUCACUUACAAGGACGGAACCAACGUUUUAGGUUUAAUUGUUUUCUGCAUUGCUUUUGGUAUCUUCGCUGGAAAUAUGGGCCCCGACGGAAGAAUCAUGGUUCAUUUUUUCGUUGUCUUGAACGAAAUUGUCAUGAAAAUCGUCUACCUCAUUAUGUGGUACUCUCCCUUCGGUAUCAUGUCUCUGAUCGUCGGCAAGAUCAUGUCGAUCGCUGAUCUGGCCCUCACGGCCCAGCAGCUAGGCCUGUACAUGCUGACAGUAAUCGUGGGCCUUCUUAUCCAUGGAGUGAUAACACUACCGGGCUUAUACUUCCUGAUCACGAGAAAGAACCCUUGGACCUUCUUUCAAGGCAUGCUGCAAGCCUGGGUCACCGCCCUUGGAACUGCAUCCAGUGCUGCCACGUUGCCCAUCACCUUCAAGUGCCUGGAGGAGAACAAUCACAUAGACUGCAGGGUAACGAGAUUUGUGCUUCCCGUGGGUGCGACCGUGAACAUGGACGGAACGGCUCUCUACGAAGCUGUGGCGGCCCUCUUCAUUGCCCAGAUGAACGGAAUCACACUGUCCGCAGGGGAAGUCAUCGCUGUCAGUUUAACUGCCACCGCCGCUAGUAUCGGUGCUGCCAGCGUGCCCAGUGCAGGCUUGGUGACGAUGUUGCUUGUACUGACGGCUGUUGGAUUGCCCACUCAGGAUAUCUCCAUGAUUGUUGCAGUAGAUUGGCUACUUGACCGAAUUCGAACAUCUGUCAACGUCUUGGGUGACGCUUUUGGAGCUGGAAUCGUUUACCAUCUUUCUAAAAAGGAAUUGGACCAAAUGGAUGCGGAACUGGCCGCUCGGGAAAAAAUUGAAAUGUUGGACACCAGGAAAUUUUCAAUUACUGCCAGAGGAAGCAUUGGGGAGAAGGGCCAUUCGAGCAAUCAAAAAGAGGAAAGCCAAAUUUAAGUUUCCGAAUCAGCAUAGAAAAUUUAAAAGAAUGAUGCAAUUAGGAGAAUAACCUGGAGAUUUAGCAUCAAGCAUUUCAAAAACUAAUGCUAACUGAAUGGAUAUCGAUCUGUGCUUACUAUGAAGGAUUAGUAGCACCGAUUUAUGAGCUGCUGAUAUCGUCAUAUAAAACAAGUUGGCAUGGACCGUACAUUUUCGAAAUUAAAUACAUCACGAAUUAAAAAAACAGACGUUUAAAAAAAAACUUUGCUUUCAUAUUUCGUAUUUCUCAUGCUGAUCCAUUGUGAACUAAGAUAUAUCAAGUUGUGAAUUAUUUCGUGCUGUCAUCUAUCGGUUAGAAACAGCAAGUGAGUUUACUAGAAACGUUUUUUUACUGUCAUUGCUUGAGAAAUCAAAUGUAUGAGUUGAAAUUCAUGCUUUUCGUAUCAGCAAGAAGUAUGUCAAUUAAAUUCGCAUCAUAAUAAUACAUGUUUUACAUUCUGGUUUCUAUAUAUGAUUUUUUUAAGUAUUAUUUUACAUUCUUUCUUUUCUGCUCUUGAAUAUCAAUAUAAAAAAUACUAAUUAUUAAAUUUUAUUAAUAGCUUUCUUGAAUUUUGUGUUUUUAUCAUAAAAUUGUUGAAAAUUAAAACAAUCGAAAUUGUUGACAAUUUUUACCUGUAAGCAUUUAGUUGCAUUAAAAGUUAUAUAUAUAAAAAAAGUGAGGAAUUUCAUUUUCGAGAAUUUCUGGUUAAAUUUAAUAUAUUUUGUGAGCCAGAAAUUAGGUAAAAAUUUAUAUUACCUUACAUUUUAUUUUUUUUUCUGUGUAAACUUACCACCACAAACCAAAGGAAAUGGGAAUUGGGCAUUUCUUUUAAAUGUUCAAAUGAAGACAUAACUUGCUUUUUCUCUGAAUAACUUUUGAAAUAUUUAAUUCAGAGAAAAAAAAAUAAGCUUACUAAUGUAUUUUGCGUAUUUUCAUAAGCGUACUUGAAACUGUACAUAAAUUUAGUAUUUAGGAUCGUUGUAGCUUUACUUAAAUGUAUAUUAACCACAAUUUUUCACUUGCUUUUUACUCUAAAUAACGUUUAAUGUCUUUUGCAAAAUGAAAUUUGCCUUGAAAUCAUUUGUUCUUUCGUUGUAUUUCAUGUAUUGUUUUGAAAUCAAAUAAACAUUGCUAACCAACUUGU